GUCAACGGUCAUUUUUGACAAGUGCACUUCAAACUCGUUUAUUUGCAUGAAAUUCACCUUUACAAAAUUAUCAUACAAUUCUAAGAAAAAUUUUAUUUGGGAUUAAAUAAACUUCCUCGAGAUCGAAAACUUCAAUAUUUAAAGUACCUACAAUAAUGUCUGAAGUUGAAUUCACUGAUAUAUCACCCGCAUUAAGUCACAAUUUAAAAGGUCAUAAGAAAGAUAUAACUCAAUUAUGUUUUAAUCCCAAUGAACAACAAUUAGUGAGCAGUAGUUUUGAUCACAGUUUAAUGUUAUGGAAUUUAUCAUCACCUUCACAAAGAUGUUAUAAAUUUGCUGGUCACACAGGAAAUGUAAACUGUGUACAAUUCUCGAACAGCGGAAAACUUGUUGCUUCUGGAUCAAGUGAUCAAACUGUAAGAAUAUGGGUUGCCAAAUUAAGAGGGUCUAGCAAUGAAUUUAGAGCACAUAGCUCAGCUGUAAAUUCAGUUAUGUUUUCACCAAGUGAUGAUAAAAUUUUAACAGGAUCAAACGAUAAGUCAAUAAAGUUAUGGGACACAAAAACAAGGAUUUUUACAUCAUCGUUCAUCGGCCAUACGAAUUGGGUGAAAUGCGCAAAAUUUGCAAGGGAUGAAACAUUUAUUGCCUCAUGUGGUGAUGACAAAACUUUAAGAAUAUGGGAUAUUAACAGUGGACAAUGUGUUUCUACAUUCACUCCAAACGGAAAUGUUAAUCAUUUAGCAAUUCACUCAAAUUGCACCGCAGUAGCAAUUGGUUCAAGUAGAGGUUCUGUUCGUAUAUACGAUCUUAGAGCAAAAAAGUUACAGCAACAUUAUAUGUUACAUGAUAAUGUAAUGUGUGUUGAUUGGCAUCCUUUUGCUAAUUAUUUAUUAACAAGUGGAGGAGAUGGAACAAUGAAAAUUGUUGAUAUUAUGGAAGGAAAACCUUUAUAUACUUUAGAAGGACACAAUAUGGGUGUUAAAACAGCGGUUUUUUCAAAAAGUGGAGAUAUGUUUGCUUCAGGAGGAUUUGAUAAACAUGUGAUGGUUUGGAAAACGAAUUUUUUAUCCCUAAAAUCCAGCCCUUCAACCUCAUCUACUGAUUCUUUAAGUUAAUAUCUAUGCUAGGAUGCUUACUUUAAUUUAAAUUUAAUAUUAAUGAGUUAUUAACCUGAUUUACAUAUAUUUAUAUUAAUUCAUAAGUAAUAUUAUGUAUUCCUCACUAUUUUACUAUUUACUCUAUAAUAAAGAAGUUAAUUAAAAUCGUCUACUUA